GUUCAAACACCGAGUGCGUCUCUGCUGCGGUGCGUUGCGCGCAGGCUGGAGAGAGAUGACAAGAGCCCCGCGGAACUGGCCAGACAAACAUGGAUCUCCGUAAAACGCUGAUUUCGGUGCUUUGGAUAUUAUUGCUCAACCUAGAAGAAGACUGUCACGCCGAGGAAGUGGUGCUGCUGAAUUCUAAAGAGACUCAGGCAGAGCUGGGCUGGACGUCCUAUCCCCCCAACGGAUGGGAGGAGAUCAGCGGUGUCGAUGAGAAGUACAAGCCUAUCCGGACGUACCAGGUCUGCAACGUGAUGGAGCCCACACAGCAGAACAACUGGCUGCAGACUGGCUGGGUGGCGCGCCGAGGUGGCCAGCGUAUUUUCGUGGAGCUCCAGUUCACACUGCGUGACUGCAACAGCAUCCCUGGUGUGGCGGGCACGUGCAAGGAGACAUUCAACCUCCUCUACGUCGAGUCAGACAGGGACCUCGGGGGUGUGACCCGAGAAGACCGCUACACCAAGAUCGACACCAUCGCUGCAGAUGAGAGCUUCACGCAGGGCGACUUGGGCGAGAGGAAGAUGAAGCUGAAUACAGAGGUGCGCGAGAUCGGCCACCUCAACCGCAAGGGCUUCCACUUGGCUUUCCAGGACGUCGGCGCCUGCGUGGCCCUGGUCGCUGUGCGAGUGUACUAUAAACGCUGCCUAGCAACCGUCCAGAACCUGGCAGUGUUCCCUGACACGGUGGCUGAAGCAGCCUUUGCCACGCUGGUAGAGGUGCGAGGCACCUGCGUCAACAACUCUGAGGUUGAUGCUGACAGCCCUCCCAGGAUGCAUUGCAGCGCAGAGGGGGAAUGGCUGGUGCCCAUUGGGAAGUGCAGCUGCAGCGCCGGCUACGAAGAGGGACACAGCAGCUGUGAAGCGUGUCCUCGUGGCUCCUACAAGAUGUCCUCCAGGCAGCAGGAGUGUUUUCCCUGCCCGGCCAACAGUGUUGCAGAGGAGGAGGGAUCAGUGGUGUGUGUGUGUGAGGAGGACCACUUCAGAACCCCCCUGGACACACCCUCAGCACCAUGCACAAGGCCCCCCUCCCCGCCUCGAGACUUGGUUUACACCCUGAAGCAGUCCACGCUGAUCUUAGAGUGGACCGCACCGUCUGACACAGGAGGCAGGGUCGAUCUGACCUACAGCGUUGGGUGCCGGAGGUGCGUCCUGAGGCAGUGCGAGCCUUGUGGGGCCAGCGUUGGCUUCGUGCCUCAGCAGGUCGGCCUGACGGAGAGAACGGUGACCGUAGUCAACCUCCUCCCCAACACCAACUACACGUUUACCGUCGAAGCCUUGAACGGAGUGUCGGAGCUGCUUCCUAACAAGAGGUUCUACACACAGGUCAACGUCUCCACAAGCCUGCCCGCACCCUCUCUGAUCAGUGAGCUACGAGCGGAGAAGAUCGAGCAGAAGAGCAUAACCCUGGUGUGGAGGGAGCCUUCCUACCCAAACAGCAGCCGCACCGAGUAUGAGGUUAAAUACUAUGAGAAGGAACAAAAGGAUCAGAGUUAUUCUACUGUGAAGACAGCCGCCACACGGAUCAGUGUCAACAACCUCAAACCCGGCACCACAUAUGUCUUCCUCAUCCGCCCUUUCUCCACGCCGGCGCCCUCUUCAUCCCUGUCCUCCUCCCCUCUGUCGUCCUCCUCUGCCUCCUCAUCCUCGUCCACUUCCUCCUCCUCUUCUUCCUCAUCCCCCUCCUCAUCGUCCUCCUCCUCCUCCUCGCCGCCGCCCAUUGACUACGGAGCCUACAGCACUCCCCUGGAGCUGCAGACACUUGGCGAGUUGGCACUGGCAUCCAGCGAACAGAGUCCAGUGGUGAUCAUCGUCGUCGUGUCUGUGGCCGCCCUCAUCAUGCUGCUCUCCAUGGGAGUUGGACUGCUCAUCUGGAGGAGACAAUGCGGCUACAGCAAAGCUUCACAGGAGGGAGAUGAGGAACUUUACUUUCAGUUUAAGAUCCCAACACGGAGGACCUACAUUGACCCAGAGACCUGUGAGGACCUGCUGCAGGCCGUGCAUGCCUUUGCCAAGGAGCUGGACAACUCGAGCAUCAAGAUAGAGAGAAUUGUGCACACAGGCGACUUUGGGGAGGUGUGUCGUGGCUGCCUGAAGCUCCCCAGUAAGAGAGAGCUGCCGGUGGCCAUAAAGACGUUACGAGCCGGCUGCUCUGACAAACAGCGUCGCUCCUUUCUCAGUGAGGCAGGCAUCCUGGGGCAGUUUGACCACGCCAACAUCAUCCGGCUGGAGGGCGUCAUCACCACGGGUAACACCAUGAUGAUCAUAGUGGAGAGCAUGUCGAACGGAGCCUUGGAUUCCUUCCUCAGGAAACAUGAAGGCCAGUUGAGUGUAAUGCAGCUGAUGGAUAUGCUGACCGGUGUGGCAUCAGGGAUGAAGUAUCUCACCGAAAUGGGCUUCAUCCACAAACGCCUGGCUGCACACAAGGUGCUGGUAAACUCCAACCUGGGCUGUAAGGUAUCUGGCUUCAGACCUCUUCAGGAGGACAAGAUAGAGGCCAUUUACACCACACUGCACGGAGGGAAGAGCGUGGUGCUGUGGACCGCUCCGGAGGCCAUCCAGUACCACCGCUUCUCCUCAGCCUCAGAUGUCUGGAGCUUCGGUAUUGUCAUGUGGGAGGUUAUGUCCUAUGGAGAGAGACCCUACUGGGAUAUGGGCAACCAGGAUGUGAUAAAGGCCAUCGAGGACGGUUUCAGGCUGCCGGCUCCAGUUAACUGCCCUCCGCAUCUCCAUCAGCUGAUGCUGGACUGUUGGCAGAAGGAGAGGACGGAGAGGCCCAGCUUCAGCCAGAUCCACUCAGCCCUCAGCAAAAGCAUCCGCUCCCCUGAUGGCAUUGGUUCCUCCACAUUGGCGCGCAGAACCCUGAGUUCAUCCAUUACGCUCGCAGAGAGGCCUCUGCCCUCCUUCCCAUCCUUUAACUCAGUGGGAGAGUGGCUGGACGCAGUGGACAUGGGACGAUACAAGGACAACUUCACCGCUGCAGGAUACUGCUACUUGGAGUCUGUGGCACGAAUGACUGUGCAAGAUGUACUGAGCCUUGGCAUUACUUCUCUUGAUCACCAGAAGCUGAUUCUUGCUGCCAUCCAGACCCUUAGAGCCCAGGUCAUCCAAAUGCACGGCCGUGGUGUGCAGGUUUAACAAACAGUUAACACACCUACUCUCACACUGCUGCUGCAGACCCACACGUGUGCAGGUGGGUGAUGGGGUGGAGAAGAGGAGAGAGAGAGCUCUUCUAAACUUAAGGAAAGAAGAGUAGAUCUUUCAGCUAACUGCACUCUAUCUACUCCACGUCCCACACUUUUCUCAUGCCUUCCUUGAUUCCUUCCUUCCUUUUUUCUACAAAUGCCCUCAGACACGAGCAGCGUUCUUGUCGCAAUGGGGGCAUAGCAGAAGAGUGAUGUCACCUGACUUGUUUUCGUGACCUCCAUCUGCACUUCAAUAACUGUUUCAGCUCCAUCUCAGUGGUUCUGGAUCAGUGUGUAAAGACAAAUGAAAUAUUGUCUCUAGCAGGACAGGGCUCUGUCUGAAGCUAACCUCUGAGCCGCUGCCGUAAACACAACGGUUAUGGACAAGUGCUCAAAGAAACAUUUACAUUUUGGGGAAAAUUUCCCCUUACCACAACAGUGUUUCACUUCAAAAACAAUAUGUCGUCAAAGCCAGGAACUAUUUUACUGGCCAUGGAUCAAAUUACUCUCCCAUCAGAACUUGCACAGCUGAUUUACUACAAAGAUACAGAGUCAUAUCAUUGUACGUCGGAGCUGAUCUCAUAUCAGAUGACAACAAAACAAUUCUGAAGAUUAAACAUGGCAGCAGUAGCUUAAGAAGACUGUGCUGUCCCAUGUCAAGCGUCCAGGAAAAGUGAGGUUAGAGGAGUUGGACAAGGCCUCAACAAAGGCUAAACCAACAGGGCUAGCAUACAGUAUAGUCUUAUAUACAGUAUAUAAAGUGUGCUGACAGGAUGAACGCAGCUGAUGGCAUACUAUACUUUCAGGAACAUGAACCUGAUUCUUUUUUUCUCUGGAGCUACUGAUGGUUAAACAAAAGGUGCAGGAUACAAUUGUAAAGGGUGCAACGUGUGUUUGAUUGUUCAUUAAUUUGGUGGUUGUCGUCUGUUUUGCUACUUUCAAUUGGUUCUUUUUUCCCCUCUUUUCUCUCCGUCUGUUUUUGCAUUUAAAACAUCUAAUUUUCCCUUUCGUCUGCAGGAUUUUGUCUUGGUAUCAUAAUCCUCCUCUCCAAAGCCUCUCUCACUACCGUGUUUAAUUCUCUGUAC